UCUAAUGAUCUUGUUUCACCAUGGCAACCAACAUGGAGGUGCUGGCUCAGCAAGUAGUGGAGACUCAGCAGGUGGCUGAGGAAAUGCACCGUGGUAACAUAGUGUGAUGGUUGUAUCUUGCCACUGGAGAGAUCGCUCCAUCUCAAGAGUGUAUGAAGCUCUGUGAUUUCUUCCUGGCCGGUGCAGACUGUUCAGACUUCACUAUCUGAAUCUCCAGUGAUGACCAGCCCUUCCCAACGUAUCCAGAUAAUUUCCACAGACUCCUCUGUAGCUUCACCACAACGCAUUCAGAUUGUGACGGAUCAGCAAACAGGUCAAAAAAUCCAAAUAGUGACAGCAGUGGACUCAGCUGUGUCUCCAAAGCAACAGUUUAUUUUAGCCAGUCCAGAUGGAACUGGUGCAGGAAAGGUGAUACUGGCAGCACCUGAGACAUCUAAUGCCAAACAGCUUAUCUUUACCACCACGGACAACAUUGUGCCAGGCAGAAUUCAGAUAGUGACAGACUCUGCUUCAGUGGAACGUUUGCUGGGAAAAUCUGAUGUUCAGCGGCCCCAGGUAGUAGAAUAUUGCGUAGUCUGUGGCGAUAAAGCAUCAGGUCGCCACUAUGGUGCUGUCAGCUGUGAGGGAUGCAAAGGUUUCUUUAAAAGGAGUGUGAGGAAGAAUUUGACCUACAGUUGUCGUAGCAACCAGGACUGUAUCAUCAAUAAACACCAUCGGAAUCGCUGCCAGUUUUGUAGGCUUAAGAAAUGUCUAGAGAUGGGCAUGAAAAUGGAAUUUGAAUUACUUCCUUUCAAAUCUGCAUGUUUCUAUCUUUAUGUAGCGGUUCAAAGUGAAAGAAAGCCUUUUGAUGUGCAACGUGAAAAACCAACCAACUGUGCAGCUUCCACUGAAAAAAUCUAUAUUAGAAAAGAUCUACGAAGCCCUCUAAUAGCAACUCCAACAUUUGUGGCAGAUAAAGAUGGGACGCGGUCAGCAGGUCUUCUUGAUCCAGGAAUGCUUGUGAAUAUUCAGCAGCCUUUGAUCAGGGAUGAUGGUACAGUCCUCCUAGCUGCUGACUCCAAGGCUGAAACAAGCCAAGGUGCUUUAGGAACACUAGCAAAUGUUGUAACAUCUCUUGCUAAUCUUAGCGAGUCACUAAAUAAUGGAGAUACUUCUGAAGUUCAACAAGAAGAGCAAUCCGCAAGUGAGAUUACACGGGCAUUUGAUACUUUGGCUAAAGCACUUAAUACCACAGAUGGUACAGCAGCUCAUAACUUGGCAGAUGGGAUGGAUCCUACAGGAGGAGGGAAUAUUCAUGUAAUCAGUAGAGAUCAGUCAACACCAAUUAUUGAAGUGGAAGGACCCCUACUUACAGAUACACAUGUCACAUUUAAGCUGACAAUGCCCAGUCCAAUGCCAGAGUACCUUAAUGUACACUACAUUUGUGAGUCAGCAUCACGACUACUUUUCCUCUCUAUGCACUGGGCUAGGUCCAUACCUGCAUUUCAAGCUCUUGGGCAGGACUGUAAUACAAGCCUUGUGCGUGCCUGCUGGAACGAGCUGUUUACCUUAGGCCUGGCACAGUGUGCACAGGUAAUGAGUCUGUCUACUAUCCUAGCAGCUAUUGUCAACCAUCUCCAGAACAGCAUACAGGAAGAUAAACUUUCUGGAGACAGAAUAAAGCAAGUCAUGGAACACAUCUGGAAACUUCAGGAGUUCUGUAACAGCAUGGCCAAGCUUGAUAUUGAUGGAUAUGAAUAUGCAUACCUUAAAGCUAUAGUCCUCUUUAGCCCUGAUCACCCUGGUCUGACCAGUUCAACCCAAAUAGAAAAAUUCCAGGAGAAGGCACAGAUGGAAUUGCAGGACUAUGUACAAAAAACCUAUCCAGAAGAUACUUAUAGGCUAGCCCGGAUUCUAGUUCGCCUGCCAGCACUUAGGCUGAUGAGCUCUAGCAUUACCGAGGAACUAUUUUUUACUGGUCUCAUUGGAAAUGUUCCCAUUGACAGCAUAAUACCCUACAUUCUCAAAAUGGAAACAGCAGAAUAUAAUGGUCAAAUAACUGGCACGUCUGCGUAGUAGGAACAACACAAUUUGAUGGAUUGAAGUAAUUUUUGUAAAAACACACAAUUAUGAAGUUAAAAGAAUAGCAUUUUGGUAUGUAGAAAUAUUUCCAACUUGUUAUCAGUUUCCUGUCAGAUUUCUCCUUGUCUGUUUGCUGACAUUGACAAAAUUUAAGCAGCUAUUAAAAGACCUGCUAUAGGAUCUUUUCUGCCACAAGGAAUAUUUUUGAUGCCUUUCAUUUAAAAGGCUAUGGAUUACUGAACAUACUUUUCACAUGCUUUGUAUUUAGAAAUUAUCAGUGGUUAAAAAUAGAGUUUUAUAAUAUCAGAGAUUAGUAAUAAAAUUACUUUAAAAGUAAAAAGAACAGUAUGUAUAUAUUUAAAAAUAUCCUUGGAGUUAAUAUCUAAUAAAUGCCAGGGUAUAAUACUAGCACUUUGUAAGCACUUCUUGUCAAAGCGACAUCAUCAACAUCCUGCUUAUGAGUAUGGAAAAUGAAAAAAAUUGCAUAUGUCCUUAGUCCAAAUGCUAUUGAUUUCUGUGAAAAUGUAGAAUGCUACAGGAGACAAUCAUUUAUUCUACAAAAAGUCACUUGCUCUUAUGUUAUGCAUGAAAUAUUAAUGUGGAUUCUUGAAUUAGAUACCCACAUUAUAUGAAACUAUACUAUUAAAUUAAUGCAGUUGUAAUUCACAGUACGAUGCAGUCAUAGUGACUAUUACGUGCUAUGGGAAUUAUCCAAACUAGGAGAAAAAAAUGUGUUUCUUGCCACAGUAAUGAUGAAAUAUUCAGGUUCCUUAAAGUUUCUGUUCAGACCAAUGCAGUCAUGACAAAUGUUAUUCUAAUAGUAAGUGUUUUGAUUGUGGGAAAAAUCAGUCAUUAACUGGAAGAACAGUCAUUUUCAAGUAGAGCUGUGUGAUGCUCUUUGAGUAUGCUCUUUGUAUUUCCAAAUUUACUCCUUCCCUCUCUACUCCUAAACACCCUCAUCAUCCAGCCAAAGGUACAAUUUAAAACCUGAAAUGUGUAGAACCUCUGGCUGUCAGCAAGAGUAUAUUACAAAGCUGUCUUACUUUAUUUCUUCCCCCCUCCGUCCCCUUCCCCGACUGAGCACUCCCAGUUUUGCAGUGCUCUCAACCUUCCUAUGACUCAGUUUGAAACUGAAAUAGUUAGGAUUUACAUUCAGUCAUGUACAAUUGCAGUUAAUGACUGAUAUACCAUGAAAAUUAACUACUUUUUAAUUGUCUAGAGUGAUGAGCCAUCGACAUGUUUUCUGGCAUUGGCUAUUAGCAGCUAGCAUUGCUUUCAUUUUAGUAUAAUUUAUUAUCAUUGAUAUUAAAUAUUUAAAGCAAUCAAAGUUUAAAAAAAAGUUAUGGCAAUUAAUACCUUCAUCUGAUCCUGGCUCAUUAGAUGCAUCAAUUAUUUUAAUUAUUUGUAUGGUAGAGGCAUUUUCUACUUCUGUAUUUUUAUGUGGCAAAAAUCUUAUGAUAAGUUCAGCACUUUCGUUUUUCUUCUGUUACUGAGAUUUAUUUAGAAACACCAACCAGGUUGGCGUUUGUGUCUUUUUUAAGGGUCUGAAUUAUAACCAAAAGACCUUAAGUAGCUCUAGAUGAGGCUUCUAAUGUAAUAAAAAGUCCUAACCUGGUAUACUUCAUUCUCAUUAGGAGGCUCACAUUUGUAGCACUCAUUGUGACAUGGAAAGGUAUUUAAUUUUAGCUUCUGGAUGCAUUAAAGUCUUCUACAGUUACCACUGUUACACAGCAUUCAGAAUCUUCUCUUCUCAAAAGCGUGUUACAAAGAGUCCCAUAUACAUGCAGAGAUUUGUAAUAUCGCACUUUCAUUUCUCUCGGCUUUUGCUAUAGCAAAUGAAAUUGUCAUAUUUUUAAUGUGAUGGAAGGUCUGCACUCUGAAUGUUAAGUCAACUGGAUGCAGAAUUUUGUACUAGCUGUUUUAUUGCAGUGUACCUUUUUAUGUGAUUGUGUCAGCACUUCUGAUGCAAAGUCCCUGUUUUAAGGGUAUACAACUUAAAAAUUAAUUGUGAUAUUAACAACUUCAGAAGAAAUAGCUACCUUGGAAAGAGUUGUGGCCAUUUUUGUUAAAAUUUAAGAUUUUAUUGGGUUAUGUCAUUGUUGUUCUAAAAGCAGUAUGCAUUGACCUGCUGUGAUAUUUUUCAUUGCAAAAAAGAUUAUGCAGUUUAAUUUGCUUUCAGUAUUUUGUAAAAAUCAUUUAAGCAGAUAAGUAAGCAUUAUUAAUGACAAAUGAAAUAUUCCUUAGCACAAAAACUAGCCAUUGGAAUCUUUUUUUCCCCAGAUUUGAAUAUAUACCAGCUGGCUUUUUCAUGACCAACAUCAUUUCCACUUCCAAUUUUUCAAGUAAAAAGGCCCCAUUUUAUGUGCAAAAAAUUGUUUUCCUAAUUUUUCUUACUUGUGCUGUGUAAGCAUAACAGUUCAGGAAACAAAAUAAAGCCACUACAGUUUUUUGGGAACAGAAGGUUUGCAUGAAAUAAAACUUAAAAGUGUAUGCAUUGUAUUACAUUUGUAAAUCAAAAUGGUAAAUAUCAUGCAACUCUGUUUACGAAUAAACUACACUCCCUACAAAUGCAAGGCCACAUAAUGAUAUUUUUGAUCCAUCUCUGGUAGUCACUUACUCUGCAGAUAGUUCCCUGGACUUUAGGGAUAAAUUAUUAAUUUGUGUAAAUGAAGUAACAACAAUGCAAUCCAUAUCUAGGGUUUAUUUAUUGUGCAUGCAUUUAAUAGAUUAAAUGGACCAGUUCCAUACUUCAGAUUCUGAUAUUACCACCUAAAGGCUAUAAAGUCUCUCUUUGUGUAGCAUCAUCAGCAUGAUUUGCUGGCUUGCAUUAGUCAGAACCAAGCUAAUUUAGUCUUUAUGCCAUUAACAAAAAGUACUUUCUCUAACUAUACACUAUUUUGAUUGCAAGACUAACAGUUUGGAUUGUAGAAAUUUGGAUGGUAGAUGGUAGAUCAUAGAGCUUAAGAAAUAUUCAGAAUCUAAAAAGUUUUGCAUAUUUGAAUAUUAGCUAUAAAUAAGAAGAGAGAUGUGAUGAAUAACCUAACACUUCUUUCUUACAUGCUGCUCAAGGGCUGUCAUAAAAAUGAGCCAAAAAUUUGGUAUAUGAUGGAGAGACACUGAAAGGAAUCACUUAAAACACUGCCAUAUAAAACUAUAAACCAUCUUCUCCAGUGCAGUAGGGCUCCUUUGCACUAAAUUUCAAGUGUAAUUACAGUAUCACAGACUGGUUGAGGUUGGAAGGGACCUCUGGAGGUAUCUGGUCCAACCCCCCUGCUCAGGCAGGGCC